UCCAGAGUCAGUGACCUGUGAGGAGCCGCAGAUAAAAAGCUGCUUUAGAACCUGCUGUCUCCAUUAUCUGCUGUUCCACCGGACUGUAGCUGUGGUCGAGCCGCACCAUGUUGUGUGUGAGGCGGCUGCGUCUGCUCGCUAACUCCGUGCAACUCCUGAGGAACCCAGAUGCGGCGAGGAAGACAUUUAAUAUCCAGGCAGCAGCAGCAGCAUGUUGUUGCCUGAGCUCCAGAUCCUCAGCUGCUCACAUGGAUCAUCCUCUCAAAGUGGAUGUACAGUCACAGCCUCCCAGCUCUGGAGUGGACGACAUGCUUUUCUACGCCAUCACAGAGGGAAAAGAGCAAGUUCCCAUCUCGUUCUUUACCUCAGCCCUGAAGAGAACCGGCCUCCAUCCGUCCGACCCUCGUUUAAAGGACUGCAUGGAGAAGCUACGACACGCUGUGAAGGAAUCUGCCGGUGAGGCCAUGAUGGACAGAGACCUUUUCCACAGGUGCGCUGGUGGAAACAUCGUCCUGCUGAUCCAGGCCUUUAGGAAGAAAUUCAUCAUCCCAGAGUUUGAUGCAUUUGCACAAAAAAUAAAUGAGAUCUACAACAGAGUAGGACAUCAAAGUGAUGGGAAGGUUGCAGACUACAUCCCCCAGCUCGCCAAAUUCAGCCCAGAACUCUGGGGCGUGUCUCUGUGCACAGUGGACGGCCAGAGACACUCAGUGGGUGACACCAAGCAGCCGUUCUGCCUGCAGUCCUGUGUGAAGCCCCUGCAGUACGCCAUCGCCGUCCACGAGGCGGGAACGGACAGGGUUCACCAAUACGUCGGCAUGGAGCCCAGCGGAUUCAAGUUCAACAUGCUCUCACUUGAUGAUGAAGAUAAGCCCCACAACCCAAUGGUGAACGCUGGAGCCAUAGUGAUCAGCUCUCUUAUCAAGCCUUCUUCAAAUAAGGCGGAGAAGUUUGACUAUGUUAUGGAGUUUGUGAAGAAGAUGACUGGCCAAGAAUAUGUUGGAUUCAGCAACGCCACGACCGUGCCUUGGCAGAUUGCCUGUCCGCCGCCCCAGUGCAUUAUUGAUGUUUCAGUAUCGACCCCUUCUGCUCGUUCGCUCAGGUUCCAGUCAGAAAAGGAAACGGGCGACAGAAAUUUUGCCAUCGGAUACUACAUGAAAGAGAAGAAGUGUUUUCCACCUGGAGCAGAUAUGAUUGACGCCCUAGAUUUCUACUUCCAGCUCUGCUCCAUCGAGGUGACGUGUGAAUCCGGAAGUGUCAUGGCUGCCACUCUGGCCAACGGGGGAAUUUGUCCGAUCACAGGAAAGCAUGUCCUGAGUGCCGAGGCUGUGAGAAAUACUCUGAGUCUCAUGCACUCCUGUGGCAUGUAUGACUUCUCUGGCCAGAUGGCGUUUCACGUGGGCUUACCGGCCAAGUCUGGCGUGUCUGGUGCAAUCCUGCUGGUGAUCCCCAACGUCAUGGGAGUGAUGUGUUGGUCUCCUCCACUGGACAGAGUGGGCAACAGCGUCCGGGGAAUAAACUUCUGUCAGGAGCUCGUGUCGCUCUUUAAUUUCCACAACUACGACAACUUGAGGCACUUUGUGAAGAAGCAGGACCCUCGCAGGCAGGACGGGGAGGACCGGAACAAGUCUGUUUUCAACCUGAUGUUCGCUGCAUACAGUGGAGACGUGUCCGCCCUGAGAAGGUUUGCUCUCUCGUCCAUGGACAUGGAUCUAAAAGACUAUGACUCUCGAACAGCUCUACAUGUGGCUGCAGCAGAGGGUCACAUUGACGCUGUGAUUUUUCUGACUGAAACUUGUAAAGUUGAUCCGUUCGUAAAGGACAGGUGGGGGAACCUUCCAGUCGACGACGCCAUGCAGUUUGGACGCGAAGACACGGUGAAGGUGCUGAAAGACUAUCAGCAGCGAACGCAGCACACUGUGGCUGAGCGUCCGCCGAAGUUGGGCAACAUCGAGGGCAUGGUGUGACGGUGUCAGGGCCCUCGUGACACCUGAGACGUUUUUAAAUAUUUGUAGCAUUGAGGGAGAAAUAUUGUUUGACCUCUCCUGAUCUUUUCCAUCCUUUGUUUGGUCACUUGACUGUGAUUUUUUAAAGAGUUUACAACCGCAAAGGAACUUGUUCAUUUGAUUAAAAGGGAAAAAACAUGAAAUAGUUUUAAACCUUUUUACUGUUAUUUCGAUUUUCUUAUUUGACAAUGUUGAAAACCUUUUAUCGAUACGAUUAAACAUGAUCCCAGUAAAACCUGAUGGGGGAUUCACUAUAUACAUUUUGUUCUAUAACUGUAAAUAAGUUUGCUAGGCCCUGCUACAGAGAUCCAUCAUUAUAGAGAGUGUUUUAAUAUUUAUACACAUCUUAACCUGAUUUUACCAAAGAUUAUUUGUUAUGCAGAAUGUGUUGACA